AUGAAGCUGGUGACAGUCCUCAUGCUGACUGCCCUCCCCCUGUACUGCUAUGCAGGUCUUGGCUGCAAUCUUUUUAGUGAUGUGGUCGAUAUGACCAUUGAUCCUGAUUUGAAUGCGACUGAAUACAUCAAUAACAUACAAGAGUACUUACCAGGUGAAGAAACUGAAAACGCCUUCACAUUCUUGAAGGAAUGCUUCCUCCAUCAGAGCAGAGAAACUCUGGAGAAGAUCCAAAAUCUACAGCAAACAAUAUUCAGUAGCUUUUGGUGUGCUCAGUACUAA